AUGCCAACCCCGCACCCUCGCCACCACCUCAUGACCUCUGAACCUCAUGCCCUCCCAGAGGCCCAGCUCCAAAUGCCAUCACAUUGGGGGUUAGGGCUUCAACGUGGAUGGGGUAGGCACGGGGACACAAGCACUGAGUCCAUGACAGAGACAACUGUGUCUUUAAUAGCAUUCAAGCUAGGCUGUGUUUCCCCAAAUAAAGUCUUCUUGUGCUUUUAUAGCUCCAUGGAAACCAGCCUCAGUGGCCUGGCUGGUGUUGCUCAGUGGUUGAUCCAUGAAAUUAGAGGUCUUUGGUUCAAUUCCCAGAGGCUCCAUCCCCAGUAG